AUAGAUUGUUCUGACUGAACGAAUAGCAACUGUUGAUUGCAGUUUUGAUAUAAAAGCAAAAUAAAGAUAGCAGCUAACAUUAGUUACGUUUACUGACGCAAACGGGAGAAAGCGAGUUUUGUUAUUGGAAUUUUAAAUUGUUUGAAAAUAAAAUAUUCAUAUUAAAGUUACAGGUGAUUAUAUAAAAAUGAACUGGAACUUAGAUCUGUCAUAUGGCACCGAGAAGCUACUACAAGUGACGCAACACGAUAUGGAUGUAGUUCUCAAGAAAUAUAACGUGACGCACAAACAAGUGCAAGAAAUUGUUGAUUUGAUACAAGAUUGGUAUGGAAAACAACCUCAUCUUCCUAAAAUUAAAUUAGAUGAUAGAGUAAUAGUUCGUCUUUUGGUGUCGACAAAAUUUCGCAUCGAAAAAGUAAAAGAUAAAAUAGAUGCACUUAUAUCAACUAAACAUAAAACUCCCGAAUUUUUAUUCAAUAGAGAUCCUUUAUCACCAAUUAUUGAUGAAUAUUUGAGAUAUGGCUUCUUCGCCGUAUUACCAAAGAAGACUCCAGAUAAUCAUCGUAUUUCAAUUUUCAGAAUAAAAUCGCCUCGUGAGUUCGUCGUAAUCGAAGUAAUUAAAAUAGCUCUUAUGACAUUAGAAUAUCGCAGAUAUAAUGAUGUAUGCCUUGGUGAUCAAUAUGUUUACGAUCUGAGCAACGUCAGAUUCAGCAACUCAGUGCAAAUGACGCCGCCAAUUGUUACGAAAAUGGUGUAUUAUGUAUUAUAUUGUUCUGGAUCUAAAAUUAAAGGGAUACACUUGAUUAAUAUGCCAGCAUUCGCUAUACCUAUACUAGGUUUAAUAAAAAAAUUAUUAAAACCGAAAAUUGCUGCAAGAAUCCAUAUACAUUCGAAGCCUGAAGAUAUUGCUAAUGUAUUCCCUAAAAGUAUCUUACCUAAAGAAUAUGGAGGGGAUGAAUUAAGUUUUGAAGAAAUCGCAGAGGAGUGGAGAAAAACGGUCCAAUCUGAUGUAUGGCGACAAUAUUUUAUUGAUCAAGACAAAGUCAUAAGCGACGAAUCCAAGCGAACACGAGUGCUAAGCUGUAACGAAGUCUUUGGAUGUGAUGGUUCAUUUAGAAAACUCGAAUUCGAUUAAAAAGAGUGAUGGCCACUUUAACAAUAACCUUUAUAUAGCCAGCAACCUAUAUUCAAACUAUAUUUAC